CGCAACCUCCAUCGCACGUCAAUCAUCAUGCGCACCACUAUCUCCGCCGUUCUGGCUGCUCUCCUGCUGGGCCAGGUCGACGCCGCCGGCGUCACCGGCAAGGCCUUCGGCUUUGCCUCGGGCACCACCGGUGGCGGCAGCGCGGCCGCUGCCACGCCUUCCAGUCUUGCUCAACUCAAAGAGUGGAUCACCGACGAUGUGGCGCGCACCAUCAUGAUCGACCGCGAAUGGGACUUUACUGGCACCGAGGGCACGACCACCGGCAAAUGCUGCAGCACCAAGACGACCACCUGCCCCGGCGGCACCUCCAAGGGCCAGGCCUGGAUCCAGGACCACUGCGACGAUGGCACCUGGAUCAGCUGCACCUACGACAACGCCGCCAAGUCCCCGCUGGACGUGGGCAGCAACAAGAGCAUUGUCGGGGUGGGCAGCAAGGGCGUGCUGAAGGGCAAGGGCUUGCGCGUGCGCGGGGGCAACUCCAACGUGAUCAUCCAGAACAUCCACAUCACCGACCUCAACCCCGAGUACGUCUGGGGUGGGGAUGCCCUCACCCUCGACGGGGCGGAUAAGGUCUGGAUUGACCAUAACAAGUUCUCCCUCAUCGGCCGCCAGAUGAUCGUCAGCGGCUGGAACAAGGCGGGCCACGUCACCAUCUCGAACAACGAGUUCGACGGCAAGACCAGCUGGUCGGCGGGCUGCAACGGCAAGCACUACUGGACGCUGCUGCUGCUGGGCGCCGAGGACUACUACACCUUCGCGGGCAACUGGCUGCACGACGUCUCCGGCCGGGCGCCGCACAUGGGCACCGACUACGACGCCUCCACCAUCUACUUCCACGGCGUCAACAACUACUUCCAGAACGUCGGCGGCCACGCCUUCGACGUCGACACCAACACCCGCCUGCUGCUCGAGGGCAACUACUUCGACACCGUCACCACCCCCAUGACCCCGGACUCGCUGACCAAGGGCGGCCAGCUGUACACCACCUCCACCGUCGCCGCCGCCAGCGGCUGCACCAGCCAGCUCGGCUAUAUCUGUGAAUGGAACCGCGCCAGUGGCUCCGGCAGCUGGCCCGAUCGCACCGAUGCCACCGUCUUGACCGAGUUCGCCCAGUUCAAGCAGUACCUCAUUGGCCAUGUGGGCGUUGCCGAGGUGCCCGCCAAUGUGACUGCUCACGCCGGUGUGGGGAGAUUGUAGGAGGGGACUGGUCUAGUCACUACCUAGUAGCUUCCUAGAACCCCAACACGCUCACCAUCGUACUGUACUAUAGUCC